GCGAAGUGUACUUUACAGACCCUUACUAUAAGGGAAGAACCGGACACAAUCGCAUUCACGAUAUCCUGACUUGAGCUGUUACGUCUCGAAGAUUCUGAUCAUCAAUAAUUCACUUUGUCUCUCCUUUAUUACAAAGUGAAUACAAACAUUUUCUUUAAAGAAAAAAAAAAAAGAAAAAAAAACAUGCUUCUAUACAUGAUAGUUGCUGUAACACUUGGGGCUUGUAUAGCAUUUCCUGUUUAUCAAGAUCCUGGCAUUCGUGAAGGAUUUUGGAGUAUUCAGGAUGAAAACACAAACCUGGCCAUUGAUAAAAAAGGUGCUGCCAAGCAAUAUGAUGGAAUGUGGAAGAGUCACGUGGUAAGCAGUGACCUUUACUCCCUGGACUCACUGAACCCCAUGGCAGCGGAGCUCAGGCACAAACUUAGCCAGGAGUCAGUCCGUCUACGGGCUCGCUUGAGACAGGAACUUCUGGAUCUUCGUCAAAGGUUUUCUCCUUACCCCAACCACCCCCAGGCCACCCCAACCAACGUCCAGGAGCUCCUGUCCCCCUUUACCAAGAACCUCGAAAUGGCUCUCGAAUCCAACACUCAUCAACUCUGCGGUGAUCUCAUGAUGAACAUCCAAGAGGUUCAAUCCGAAGGACCUUUGCUCUACCAAGACAAAAUUGAGAAAAUCAGUCAAGCUAUGGAUGCAAGUCAUAAAAGAAGGACCUCUGCUUUUGAGGACUUUAAAACAAAGGCAUUUGAGGCAGUUGAGGAGGACAAAGACAGCAGUAGGAAGGACCUUUGGGAGGAAGUGACAGCCAGGCUGGGCCAAGAGAUCCUCUCAUUCAGUUUGGAAGUACAGGGCAAAAUGGCAGCACUAAAAGUCUCAUUAGUAACACUCCUCAUCUCAUCAGCACCCCCAGGAGCUGAAAUGGUUUCCAAAGUGGACCAGUUCUGUGAAGGUUCUUCAAGACAGAACCAUAAAUUUAUUGCUGAUAUAGUGCAGCAAAUAUCCAUGUUUGAGGAAAAGCAGAGUAAAGGUGAGCCAUUAAGUCAUGUAAACAUAGACUCUGUACAAGAUGACUUCUCCACCAGACUAAACGCAUUACUCCAGGACAUUGUCCACACUAUCAACUAGAGACACACCUUUCCCUCUCCAUCCUUAUUAUGAUUGACCUCUUUCAUGUAAAUAGUAGUGAGACUGUACAGUGUGAAUUAUUGUCUUUUUUUGUAGAAGACAACUUUUUAUACAGAAAAGGAGAAAUUGCUUUUAGUUUUUCAAAUAAACACCAAUGGACCUUUUUUCAGAUGCAGGUUUAUUUAGCUUUGUGUAAUCAGUAUCUAAAAUGUUCUAUUUUUCAAAUAAAUGCACAUACAUUGAACGAUUAAAGAGUAUAUAUCAUC